ACACAUUAAAUAUACAUACACAUGUAUAUACAUAAUCCAACAGUGCAUUGGUGCGUUCAAGAAACAAGGACGCGUCAUCACGCGUCAUGUUAUGCGUCAUCUUUGACACAAAACGUGAAAUGUGAAAUAGCGACUAAUGAUAGCGAAUGACGGGAAUCAAGGAGGUAGGCAGUGGAUACCUUGAGAAACGUGAAGCAAAACGGGAAAGGGAAGAAUAUACCAUUCGCAGCCAUUUAGAGAUAAAUAUGCAUUUGCGAAUAUCAAAGAGGCGCAUAGAGACGUGAUAGACGAAUACGGAGGGAGUUGAUAGCUGUCAGACGCAGGGAAAGAGGCAAACACCUGUUGCCGCUAAGCUCGGCAGGCGUUUGCUAUGGCUCACCUGCUCAAAAAUCUUACCAACAGCAUCUGGCACGCAUUUCAUGCACUACAAACUGACGCCAUCAACACAGUCGCCAAGUCCAAGUUAAAGGUAUUGACAGCCAACAUUGGUACAUUAAUGGAUCUGUAUGGUGUAGAGAAAGGCCUGGAGCAUUACCGAAGUACACAGAACUUAACAUUCGAUCAAUACAUUUACUAUUUACAGAAAGAAGUAUUCUCUUCUAUAACUGAUGCUACUUCUGUACAAACGUUGAAAACGCUGGAAGAAGGGAUAGAUGAAGUCUGCUGGUUAAUUUGUAAAAAGAUAUACCUGGAGAGAUCCCAUCCAGUCUUUGAAGAUAACAGUGUUUACCAGUUGUUCAGAAUUUAUUGUCUGCUAGCUGAGACAGAAUUGGAUGCCACAGAUUCUUAUGUGGUAAUAAUGCAUGGCGAUGAAGUGGCACAAAUUGCUUCCCACCUGGUAAUGUCUUUGGGUCUACAAUGGGAUGCGGUGGAUUUUUCGGCUCUAUCAGCGGCUAUCGGAAUGUUUAGGUUCCCCACGUUUUUGGCGGUUCUGGAAUCCAAGUAUAGUGGCGGUAACGCUUUGGACAUUAUCGCAUUGACAGAAGCAAUUGAUGAUCUCUACCAGAUUUACGUAGAGAAUGUAGUGAAAAAAGGUUACUUGAUGAAGAAAGGAUUCCUAUUGCCAACGUUGCGAUACUUUUGGUUCGUGCUGCGCCCGGGCGAAUUGGCAUAUUACAAAGACCCUCAACAAAAAGAGCCAUCCGGAUUAAUAUUACUAAAUGCCAAUUGCUGGGCCGAUGCUCUCACAAACAGUGGAAAACCCGAUAGAAGAUUCGUGCUUAGCACCCCUGAACAUAGAUGCAUAGAAUUAGUGGCAGAGGAUCAUAAAGGCAGGUUACAGUGGCUCGCGGCAUUGCAAACGGCUAUUCAACAUUCCGGCGAGAAGAUUGGUUAUCAAAGGAGUUUGGCUAAUCAAAGAAGAUCAUUGCGACAAGCUACUAAACAGGAAAAAGAAGAGACCAAGUUGGAGCUUCAGUAUGAGAGGCAAGCUAGAAUCGCCGCCGAAAUACAAGCUCGAAAACUAGAAGCUCUAUCAAAAGAGGAAGGUGCUAAAGUUCAACAAUUGGAAGAUGUUAAACAGAAGCUAGAACUCCUACUACAAGAGGAGAAACAGGCUCUACGUGACGAGGAAAUAGGUAACAGAUUAUUGCAUUUAAUUUACAUCGAUCUAAGUUUUUAUGUAAGAUUGUAUAAUUUAGAUAUCUUACACACACGUAAGAUUCCUACUUAUAAAUUAUCAUUAUAUUACUCUUCAGAUGCUGAAUUGCGACUUCAGCAGUUAGAAGCGGAAAGAGAACACUUGGACGCCGAAUUACGUGCCGCGCGCGAAAAGGUGAAACGCGCUGAAGAAGCUCAACUUGUACUAGAAGCACAAAUCGUAACGCGUCCUCUAAGAGGAGCUGAAAGGAUCCGACGUACUCAAAGCUUUAUGCCGACGACGAAAGAACGACCAUUAUCCAUAGAGAAAAUCGACAGGCUUAUGACAUUACAGAAGAAUGUAUAAUAUGCGGCGCCAUUAGUAGCUAAAAAAUCCAUGUGUUUAUCGUCUGAGUUACAUUUAAGUCUUCCACCAAAUAGAAUAACACAAAGAGCCUAUAGAAACUAUUAUACGUUGCGGGGCAACUAUAUUAUAUUUUUGCGAAGAAUGCGAGGAAAUUCCAUGCGAGCUUCGAAUUCGAUAGUUCCUUAUUCUUGAUGCCUUGUUUUAUCCGUAAUCUUAGCCAAAAAAUAUUUCAAAUAUUGCAUGUACAAAUUUUGUGUAUACAGAUUUUCCAUUCUUCGUUAUCCCGAAAAUAAUAAUGUUCUUCAUUUUGUGAUGACAGAUUCAAUCUGACAUGUUCAUACAUAACAUACAUAUACAUAUGUGAUAUAUGCGCACGUACACACAAUAUCGUAAACAAAUAUAUAUUUUUUUCGAACGCAUUAUCAUAAAAUGACAAAAUAUUUAAUACAAAUUUGUUUAAUUCUAAUUUGAAAUAUAUACGCAGAAUUAUAUAAAAUACAUUUAACUGAUAAAAUAUUUGUUUACAAUUUUAAUCAAGAUUUUCACGAGUGAAUGAAAAUACCAACUUUAUUUGAAUCGAAUCAUAUUUUAAUUCAAAUUGGAUGCAUAAUGUUUCACAUAUAUUUAUAAGAGCGACAUAUUUUUUGUAUUGAGUAUAAUUAGACUGUUAUUGAUCAAACAUAUGACUUGACUUUAACGGUUGUACUGUUACGAUUCUACAUUCCUAAUAGGAAAGUUUGUACCUUGUUAAGAAUAAAACGAUUUGAAUAUUAA